AAUCUGUUUCCCGCGCUGACCGCCACGUGCCGUGCACAGUGCUGCGAUUGGUGAGAGCUUGGUUUCACAGUCAGGCAACCACAAACAUACGAUGGCCGCACACAUGCGCUGGGCUCGUCUGCAACACCUCGGCCGAGUCUGCCUUUCGAAAGCGACAACAAGAUGCUGGAGCGUCCUGUACGGUCAACGUUUGUCUGCCAGCACUUCAGCACCAGUGCGGCGGCGACCCAUCGAGAAGAUUCUCGUGGCCAACCGGGGUGAGAUUGCUUGCCGCGUGUUUCGGUCUGCUCGCAAACUAGGAAUCCGCUCGGUGGCCGUCUUCAGUGAUGCCGACCGGAAGGCCAUGCAUGUCACCAUGGCUGAUGAAGCAUACCACAUAGGGCCAGCAGCAUCCCAGGAGAGCUACUUGCGCCAGGACCGCAUUUUGGAUGUUGCCAAGCGCAGUGGUGCACAGGCAAUCCACCCUGGAUAUGGCUUUCUGUCGGAGAACACAGAGUUUGCUGAGCGCUGUGCUACCGAGGGAAUUAUCUUUGUUGGGCCCCCAGCAUCAGCCAUUCGCGACAUGGGCAUCAAGAGUACAUCCAAGGCUAUCAUGUCGGCGGCCAACGUGCCCAUCAUUGAGGGCUACCAUGGUGAGGAGCAGUCAGAAGCACGACUCAAGGAGGAAGCACGUCGCAUUGGGUUCCCCGUCAUGGCCAAGGCGGUGCGAGGUGGUGGGGGCAAGGGCAUGCGGAUCGUGAUGAGCGAAGAUGAAUUCGACUCGCAACUUGAGUCAGCAAAACGUGAGGCCAUGAAGUCCUUCGGCGAUGAUGCCAUGCUCAUAGAGAAAUUCGUGGCUGACCCAAGGCAUGUGGAGGUGCAAGUGUUUGGAGACCAGCAUGGCAACUAUGUGUACCUUUUUGAACGAGACUGCAGUGUACAGCGGAGGCAUCAGAAAGUCAUCGAGGAAGCCCCUGCUCCCGGUGUGACCGAGGAAACCCGGCGGCAGAUUGGUGAAGCUGCCGUGCGAGCAGCGCAGGCAGUCAAUUACGUGGGUGCUGGCACAGUUGAAUUUAUCAUGGACUCCGAGCAGCGCUUCUACUUUAUGGAGAUGAACACACGGCUUCAGGUGGAGCACCCCAUCACCGAGAUGAUCACAGGCACUGACCUUGUCGAGUGGCAGAUCAAGGUGGCCCAGGGGGAGCCACUCCCAUUGCGUCAGGAGCAGCUGCGGGUGCACGGCCAUGCUUUUGAGGCACGUAUCUAUGCCGAGGACCCGGACAACAACUUCAUGCCAGGUGCCGGCUCUCUUGUGUUCCUUCGUACACCAGCCUGUUCGGAACAAGUGCGGAUUGAUACAGGUGUACGGGAAGGGGAUGAUGUAUCUGUCCAUUACGACCCUAUGAUUGCCAAGCUGGCCGUGUGGGGUCCUGACCGGCCCACAGCCCUGCGGCGCCUGUACCAGUCACUGUCCGAGUACACCCUGGUGGGGCUGGCCAACAAUGUGUCAUUCUUGAUGCGGCUGGCGGCACACCCGGCGUUCCGCCAGGGUGUUGUACACACUGGCUUCAUCCCUACCCAUAACGAUGAGCUGUUCCUGUGUCCUGAGGUGAGCCAGCCUGUCAUCUGCGCGGCUGUCCUGUCCCUUUUGGCCCAUGAGAGGGCUGAGACACUGGGUGCACAAGCACGUGAGAGCUUUCAGUCACUGAAUUUCUCGGCUCCCUUUCGUGUGAACAGCAACUGCAAGCGGAAAGUUCUGCUGGCAUGCCGGGACAAGAAGCAUGAGGUGCUGGUGACAUUCCUCGACGCUGGCUCCUAUCUGAUGCGCUUUGGAGACGAAGCCUUUCAAGUGUUGGGACGUGCUUCAGUGGACCGUGGUGUGGCUCACGUGGAAUGUGAGGUCCAGGGCACUGACAUCAAGAUUCGCACAGUGCUCCAUGAUGGCACACUUCACGUCUUCACUGCAGAUGGUGUGAAACAGAUGUCGGUGCCAGUGCCAGCAUACCUGGAGAAUGCUGGAGGCGGCAGUGGUGUGGGCAAGAAGGGCGCAGUGGCCCCUAUGCCAGGUGUGGUUGAGAAGCUUUUCGUCAACGAGGGUGACACCGUUGCUGAAGGGGACCCACUUGUCGUCAUGAUUGCCAUGAAAAUGGAGUAUGUCAUCAAGGCAGCUACUGCAGGAGUUGUUGAGAAGUUGCUCUACAAGGCCGGGGACAAUGUAGCCAAGAAUGCUGAACUAGUGAAGAUCAGAGCUGCCGAGGUUAGCUAAGGAAGGCAUCACACAAUGGGCUCAGCGGCCCUUGUAAUUCUAGUGGUACAAUUGACCUGCAUUUAGUGCCUAGUAAAUGGUCAUAAACAGAA